AAAUAAAAUUACCCCGUUACUAAAAAAAAAACUAUUGCAAAGAUGAAUUUAGGGCGGACCUCAAACCCUCUUGCAUAACGAAUUAAGUCAGCCUCUCACACCCUCUUUCCACUGCUCUAAUCAUUCAUUGUUUCUCUUAUUUCUGGAGCAUCAACAGUUGCAAAGGAAAUGGGAACGCUGGGGAAAGUGAUCUACACAGCAGGCUCGUUGAUUAGAGAGACAGGGCAGGCCAUCGAUCGCCUUGGAUUGCUUCUUCAGGGCAAUCACGUCAUUCAAGAACAAUUAUCGAGGCACAGGACGCUGAUGAACAUCUUUGAAAAAGCUCCAGUUCUGCACAAAGAUGUUUUUGUUGCUCCAUCUGCUGCUGUUAUUGGGGAUGUCAAAGUGGGUCCAGGAUCAUCAGUGUGGUAUGGAAGUAUUCUUAGAGGAGAUGUGAAUAGCAUAACAGUUGGUUCUGGUACAAAUAUACAAGACAACACUCUUGUGCACGUUGCAAAAACAAAUCUUGGUGGAAAGGUUCUUCCCACAAUUAUUGGGAGUAAAGUUACAAUUGGUCACGGUGCUGUGCUGCAUGGGUGCACCAUUGAGGAUGAGGCAUUUGUAGGCAUGGGUGCUACUCUACUUGAUGGGGUUGUCUUGGAGAAAAAUGCUAUGGUUGCAGCUGGGUCACUGGUGAGACAAAAUGCUAGAAUACCUGCUGGAGAGGUGUGGGCGGGGAACCCUGCAAAGUUUUUGCGAAAGCUGACUGAGGAAGAGAUAGCAUUCAUCUCUCAAUCAGCUUUGAAUUAUGAAAUAUUAGCAGAAAUUCAUGCGAGAGAAAAUGUAAAGAGCUACGAGGAAAUUGAGGCAGAUAAGCUACUGCGGAAAAAGUUAGCACAACAGAGUGAUGACUAUGACUCUCAUAUGGGUAUUACCAGGGAAAUUCCUCCGGAAUUUGUUGCACCUGAGGCAGACAGAGUAAUAGAAGCAAAACCUCCAGCAAGAUGACCUCACUAUCUCUGAUCUAUUAGUAGCCAUCAUUUUGUUGACCAUCAUAAUAAGUACCAAACAUGUUUUUUUUUGGGAGAUUGUUGCCAUCGACCGGCUCUUUUUAGCAUUACAUUUGCAAUGUACUUGUGUUUCAAAUUUAUAUCCAAAUUCACAAAUCCUUUUCAAGUGAAAGUAUCACAUUCAACAGGUGAUUUUUUAUUCAGCAAAAAUUAUGGAUAUGUGGAGACGUAAUAUUUCUUUUGGAUACAGUUUUAUUCAAUUCUAGACAAACAUCUAGAGCUUGUCUGUUUUUUUU